AUGGUUGAUGUUGUAAUGAAAAAACCAAAUCCCAAAGAUGAUGAAUUUUAUGAGGAUAUUGAGUCUAAUGAUAAUAUUCCGGAAAGAGAAAAAUGGUCAUCAUGGGCUGAUUUUAUUAUGUCAUGUGUAGGAUAUGCCAUUGGUCUUGGUAAUGUAUGGAGAUUUCCUUAUCUUUGUUAUCAAAAUGGUGGAGGAGCUUUCUUAAUACCUUAUAUUAUAUCAUUAGUUUUUUGUGGAGCACCAUUAUUCAUACUUGAAACAUCAUGGGGACAAUUAACUUCUGUUGGUGGUCUUGGAAUGUUUAAAAUUUGUCCAAUUCUUAAAGGUGUCGGUAUAGCUGCUGUUGUUAUGGCAUUUUGGUUAAACAUUUAUUAUAUCGUUGUUUUAUCAUGGGCAUUAAAAUAUCUUUUUAAUUCAUUAAGUUUUACAAAAGAUGUUCCAUGGAGAACAUGUGAUCAUCCAUGGAAUACUAAAUCGUGUAGAUCAGAAUAUGAUCCAAUAACAUGUUCAAGUAAUAGAACUAUUGCUGAAUUUUUUAAUGUUAAAGCAUUAUCAAUUGAUCAUAUUCAAGAAUAUAAAAAACAAUUUUUUGUUGGCCCAAAAGCAAAUUGGACAAUAUGUACAACAGCUGAUUUAAAUACUGUAUCACCAGUUAAAGAAUAUUGGGAUCAUGAAGUUCUUGGAAUAAGUACAGGAAUUGAUAAUCCUGGAUCAUUAAGAACAGAUCUUGCUAUAUAUCUAUUCAUUGUUUGGGCAAUAUGUUAUUUUUGUAUUUUUAAAGGAGUUAAAUGGACUGGAAAAGUUGUCUAUCUUACAGCAUCAUUCCCAUAUAUUAUGCUUUUCUUUCUCCUUCUUCGUGGAUUAACACUUCCUGGUGCUUCACUUGGUUUAGAAUUUUAUUUAAAACCAAAUUUUACAAAAUUAUUAGAAUCAAAAGUUUGGGUUGAUGCCGUAACGCAAGUAUUUUUUUCAUAUGGUUUAGGAUUAGGUGCAUUAGUUGCAUUAGGAAGUUAUAAUACUUAUCAUAAUAAUGUUUAUAAACAAGCAAUGACUGUUUGUUUAGUAAAUUCUGGAACUUCUGUAUUUGCAGGAUUUGUUAUAUUUUCAUUUAUUGGUUUUAUGGCUGGACAACAAGGAAAAACUGUUGCUGAAGUUGCACAAUCAGGACCUGGUUUACUAUUUCUUGCCUAUCCAUCUGGUAUUCUUCAACUACCAUAUACAAAUGUUUGGUCUGUUCUAUUCUUUUCAAUGGUCUUAUUUUUAGGAAUUGAUUCACAAUUUUGUACAAUGGAAGGUUUUUUUACAGCUAUCAUUGAUGAAUUUCCAAAAUUUAUUAGAGCUAGAAAAUAUGGUAGAGAAUUAUUCAUUUUAAUAGUUUGUAUAAUUAGUUAUUUAUGUGGUUUAACUACUGUUACAAGUGGUGGUUUUUAUGUAUUCCAAUUAUUUGACUUUUAUGCAGCUUCUGGAUGGGCAUUACUAUGGCUUCUUUUCUUUGAAUGUAUAGCUAUUUCAUGGUGUGUUGGAAUUGAUAGAUGGUAUGAACAUAUGAAAUCAAUGAUUGGUUAUUAUCCAGCAAAAUGGUGGAAAUUUUGUUGGGUUGUUGCAACACCAGCAAUUACAAUGGGAGUUUUAAUAUUUGGACUUGUUAAAUAUAGUCCAUUAAGAAUUGAUGCUUAUCAUUAUGAUUAUCCAUUAUGGGGACAUAUCUUUGGAUGGUUUUUAUCGUUAAGUUCUAUGCUUUGUAUACCAAUUUACGCUAUCUACAUUUGGUUUGUCACUGAAGGAACAUUUAAAGAGAAAAUUGAAAAACUAGUUAGGCCAAAAGUAAAAUUUUUACCUGGUGGUGGAAUCGAAUUAGAGGAUAAUGAUAUGGUGAUGCGUGAAUUUGAAUAA